AUGAGUUCACAAGCAGAGAGUGUUCAACUGAAAGAUAACACGGACUUACAAAUACAGAGAAUAAUAGAGAAACAUGAGAAAAAGAUGGAAACACACGGGCUGGAGGAGCCGAGGAAGAGACACAGGCUGUCGUGUAUGGAGGAGGAGAGUCUGAGGGAGAGGAGCAGAGUGCAGCUCGUGAAACAGAUAGCGGCCAUACUGAAGCAGGGGGACAUGAGGUACACCAAGGACGGCCUGCACAGGACCUUCCAGGAUGACCGACCAAUGGUUCGUUCUAUAAGCCGCGUGGUUCAGUCUACUCGCUACUCGCUGCUCGCCAGUCGCCUGUCGAAGGUUGUCUUCUGA